AUGGAUUCUAAGAAUAAUCUCAAUGCCUUUUCGCCCAAUGUCUUCUUCACACGAUAUUAUUAUCCCUCAUAUUGGAUCCUUAUUUUAACCAUCAUCUUCUUACAAAUUUACCUCAUCUUCACCACCACUUCUUGCUCUGCUCCACUCUCCCUCGCUGCUGCUAGCGACGGCCACCAAUCCUCCAUCACCGUCGCCGAAGACCCAUGUAGCUCCGGCAGAGUGUUCGUCUACGACCUCCCACCCAUUUUCAACAAAGACUUGUUGCAAAAUUGUGAGUCCUUAGACCCAUGGACCUCCCGCUGUGAUGAUGUGUCCAACGGAGGGUUCGGACGGCAAGCAACGGAGCUCAACGGCGUUGUUCCCGACGGUCUAACUCCGGCGUGGUUUUGGUCUGAACAGUACAUGUUGGAACCGAUUAUACACAAUCGUAUUCUUAACUACAAGUGUAGAACGUUAGACCCGGAAUCAGCUACGGCCUUCUACAUACCGUUUUACGCUGGUCUCUCCAUCGGACGGUUCUUAUGGCUGAAUUACACUACUUCUGAUCGCGAUAGGGACUCGGAGAAAUUAAUCAAGUGGGUCCAGAAUCAGCCGUAUUGGAAUAGAUCCAACGGUGGAGAUCAUUUCAUCACAUUAGGACGGCUGACAUGGGACUUUAAACGAUGGGGGAACAACCAAUGGGGGUCCAGCUUUGCAUACAUGCAAGGGAUGAAAAACGUAACGAGGUUAAUCGUCGAGAGAGAACCGUCCGAUCCAUUAGAUAUCGGGGUGCCGUUCCCCACAGGAUUCCACCCUAGAUCCGACGCUGACGUGUUAAAUUGGCAAAGCUUCGUUCGUGAACGUAACAGAACAAACCUCUUCUGCUUCGCUGGCGGUACACGUCAUGAAAUAAGAAACGACUUUAGAGCUUUUUUACUGAGUUACUGCGCCAACGAGUCGGGCGGUUCGUGCCGAGCCGUGAAGUGCACUGGGAACCGGUGUGCGAGUGGUGACUCGGUGGUUCUGGAAACGUUUUUGGACUCGGAUUUCUGUUUACAGCCGAAAGGCGAUUCGUAUUCGAGAAAAUCGGUGUUUGAUUGUAUGUUGGCCGGUUCAAUUCCGGUUAUUUUUUGGGAGAGAACCGCAUACGGGCAAUAUGAAUGGUUCUUGCCGGGUGAACCGGGGAGUUACUCUGUUUUUAUAGAUAACAAGGGGGUGAGGAAUGGAUCGGCGUCCAUUAAAGGAGUGUUGGAGAAAUUCAGCAGAGAGAAAGUGAGGAUGAUGAGAGAGAAAGUGAUCGAGACGAUACCGAAAAUUGUUUAUGCGAGUGCUCCUGAAGGAUUGCAAAGUAUUGAGGAUGCUUUUGAUAUUGCAAUUAAUGGCAUCUUCGAAAGAUUUAAUCGGCGGCAUAAAAGUGUGAGUAAAACUGGGAGUUGAAU